UGCAAUACACAGCAAUAGUGAAGUGUGCUCUUUUGAUUUGCAGCAGCAGCAGCAAUUCGCUACACAGGUCUGCCAUCUUGCUUGGAUUCAGCGCAGAAGAAAUGAUGUUUACGGAGCUACUUCUGGUGCUUCUUUUAGCUGCGUGUGUUCCAGCACAGGUCCAGAUUUGUGAUUUGAACCCACCAGACAGAGUUGAGUGUGGAUACCCUGGGAUUAGUGCAGAUACCUGUAGAUCAAGAGGCUGCUGCUUCAAUUCAGCCAUUCGUGGUGUAAAAUGGUGCUUCCAUCCAAAAGCCCAGGUGUGUGAUGUGAACCCAGCAGAGAGAAUUGAGUGUGGAUACCCUGGGAUUAGUGCAGAUACCUGUAGAUCAAGAGGCUGCUGCUUCGAUUCGGCCGUUCGUGGUGUAAAAUGGUGCUUCCAUCCAAAAGGUUAAUUGAAGGUGCUUCUGCCAUUGCUGGUUAUUUGUCAGUAAACCCUUUUUUCAAAGAAGCCUUCAUUUCAUCUUGUAAUUUAGCAGGCAUCUGAAUGCCAUACUACUCUACACAAUAAAUGAUUUCUUUGCAGCAAA